UAUUCCUUCUCUUAUUUUUCGACCAUAUAUAAACAUUCUGAAAAAAUCGUAAAGCUAAAUACGUACGAUAGUACUCCGUAGUACGUAAUAAGGAAUACUACGUACAACGUAUUUGUCGCAGCAGUGUUCAUCUUCUUAUCUGUCUUCAGCAUAUAUACAUAAGGCCUCUUAAAUUUAAAUAACUCGGCAACUCGCUAUUCUAGAGUCUAGACAAUCAUGGAGGUUUUGGAGGGAUACUACAUGACAGCGUUGUUAGCUCUACUUUUUUCUUGCAUAAUUACAAAGCUAUUUUCUGAUGCCUUGUCCAGGGAUGUCAACAAGACUGCUGAAAGCAGCGGAGUUGUUGCGGCAAAACGAUCAUCUGUUGAUCAUGUGAAGAUGCCCGAUCAAGAUGCAGGACAGGUGCUUGUUAAAAAGUCCCAAAAGGUUGAGCAAUGUUUGGAUGCGAGUGAUGGCGGGUUUGGUGAAGAGGACUCAAAGAAUAUUGAAUUUUCAGAGGAUGGGGCUGUUACAGAGAAGGUACGAGCCUCAAAGCUCGAUGCUUUUUGUUCUCAUAUUGAAGGGGAAAGAACCAUGACAGGAGAAACCGGGGUGGUCGGGACUGGAGCUGGAUUCAGAGAAGAUGAUGAGGAUCAAGAUUGGGAAGGAAUUGAGAGAAGUGAGCUGGAGAUGGUGUUUGGCAAGGCAGUUAACUUGGUGGAGUGUGGGGGAGAUGAAGCUCUAUCAAAUCUGGGAACAGAGUUGCAGAUGCAGCUGUAUGGCCUUCAGAAAGUAGCAAUGGAAGGGCCUUGUUUUCAGCCUCAGCCAAUGGUAUUCAGAGUCUCUGCCCGAUCCAAAUGGAAUGCUUGGCAAAGACUGGGAAGCAUAAGCUCAGAGGUGGCUAUGGAGCAAUACGUUAAACUUGUUUCUGAUUCUGUUCCUGAUUGGGAUGGUUGUGUAAGUACUUCAGAAACGGUAAAAGGUGAUGACCCUGGUAACUUGAACUGAAACAGGCAGGUGAAAAGUGAGAUUUGCUAGCAGCAAUAUAGGUGGUAAUGUUUUAGCUAAUCCUUUGAACUGUUUAUACUUCCUUGAUGCUAGAUGUGGUAUCCAUAUUGGGAAAUUAUGGUACAGAUGUAAUCAUGUAAAAUAAUGGUAUAAUGUAAUAAAACUUUCUUAUGGGUAUUAUUUAUGAUGUAGCUGCCUCUAUCUGGAUUAUUUUUCCAGGAAUAAGCAAGAUGGGAAUUGAUGGCCAAUUGCUUCAUGUUCAUCUGAUCUUCUCUGAUGACUCAAUCUGAAGAUGUGUUUCACACUUUCACUAAUUGCAAGGCCUUUUGUGUCAGAGUAGUAAAAUUGUUUUAUAGUUCUAGAGUUCAUUACUCCUUGAUGUGUAAUGUUUAUGGUUAUGUAAAACCUUAGAUGUGUGAUGAUGUAAUUUACUUCGUAAUCAUUUAUAGUGAAGCAGAGGUUAUCGUUGGUUAAUGGAGUAGUUCAGGUGAGUAGGUGACAGAGUUCCAUCCCGAAUUAUUUGGUCGGAUAAUGUUUAUGAGGAAAAGAGAUGCAAAAA